AUGGAAUCUGAGGAGCCCCCGGAUGGGGGCGGAGGUGACUCCAUAAGUCAUGAUUGUGUGAUGUCUAGUGAAUCUAUAAUCAGAGAAGACUCCAAAAAAGUCCUAAAGGCUGCCAAACGCUCUCAAACCGCUGCAGAGAGUAUUCUAAACAAACGGGAUGCUUCCUCUCCCCCUAGCGCUUCGAUUCAACACACAUUCACACUCCCCGAAUUUAGCGGUACUAAAUUGAAGUAUAACGACUCCGAUCAAGGCCCUUUUAUUGUCCACGCCUCACGAGUGGAACCCGACCCAUCAGCUGGUUAUACGAUUAAUUUACUUAAAUUUGCUCAAAUUAUUUACAGAAGCAAGGUUUCUGGUGUUCUCAAGGGAGGAAUUAAAUCAGCAGGACGCAACCGUGUUGUUGUUGAAUUUGAGAAUGCUUCUUCUGCCAAUAAUUUCAUUGACAGUCCAUUGUUCCAGGAGCAUAAUUACAAAAUAAUUAUCCCAGCUUUUCACAUUACCCGAAUGGGUAUUGUGAAGCAAAUUCCCAUCGACUGGUCUAUGGAGGAGUUUCUGAGUAGUAUCGAAUGCUACACCCCUGGUUGCCGGGCUAUAAAAGCAAGACGGUUGAACCGAAAAUCUGUUACUGACGAUCGUGCUACUGGUCAUUUGGCAGAACGAAAAAGUGCUGUUUUAAGCAACCACGUGUAUUUUUCAACCCUGACACUGGCAGAAUUGUCAACCUAUUGACAGAUGCCAUAAACAUAAUAAUAAUAAUAAUAAU